AGCCAUAAUUACGAUUCAUCUAUUCCUAUUGAAGGAAUUAAGAAAAUGAAUUCAACCAUGUCAUCUUUGAAUCCCCAUGCAGCAUCAUACAUACCACUGAACAAGAAAGAAGAGGAGGCCAACCAUGAAACUGCUCUGUUCGAUUCUCCUUCUGAAGGCCACAACGGGACGGCACAGUUCUAUUUCGAAGGCGGUGAUGCUUCUUCUGACUUUAGCAUCCAUGACAUUGAGGCUCUUGUCAUUGACAGUGGUCUGGAAAAGAGUGGUUUACAGCAGAAGAUAAGCAACCAGGCUGAAGUGCAGUACAUAGAUGAAGAUUCUGAGAUACAUCUGGCUUAUCUGUCAUUCAUGUUUCCAAACAUAUCAGAACAUUGCCUUGCUCAUGUUCACUCUGCUAAUGAUGAUGACUUGGAAGCCUCGAUCAACAUGCUGUAUGACCUGGAGUGCUUCCCUGUUGCUGCUUCUAAAUCUCUUCCAGUCUGCUCGGAUACUACUGGUGAUGAUGAUGCAUCAGAACUUGAAGUUGCAGAAAGAGAAAAGUAGAGAGAGAGAGAGAGAGAGAGAGAGAGAGGAGAGCAUGGUGGGUUUCUGUGGAUGUUUUGUUGUAAGAAGUAGGAGGGUCCCUUGAUGAUGAGUUUCUUUUGUACAAUGUUUACUCUGUGUAGUUGCU